AUGCCGUCUGUCUGUGUUACUCUGAGACGGGGGAUCCUGAGGAGGUACAGACAGGUUCCUCGCACAGAGGCUGACGGAGCGUUCAACUACAGCCGAGCCUCAAACCGGACAGGCCUCCUCAACACGGGAGUUUGUGGCUGCUGUGGGCCGCUGAGGCCGAGGUACAAACGCCUGGUGGACAACAUCUUCCCCGAGGACCCGAAAGAUGGCCUCAGUAAAUCAGACAUGGAGAAGCUCACCUUCUACGCUGUGUCGGCUCCGGAGAAGCUGGACAGGAUCGGAGCGUACCUGGCCGAGAGGCUGAGCAGAGACGUGGUGCGACAUCGCUACGGGUACGUGGUGAUCGCCAUGGAGGCUCUGGACCAGCUGCUGAUGGCCUGUCACUCUCAGAGCAUCAAACCCUUCGUGGAGAGUUUCCUGCACAUGGUGGCCAAGCUGCUGGAGUCCAGAGAACCAGACCUGCAGGUUCUGGGAACCAACUCGGUGAGACUAACUGUUUAUGAAAUCUUGGUUUCCAUCAGGAUACUGGUGUCAGGGACGUUUUCAACUUGACUCGGAUUUAAAGGAAAGACACAAUAUUGAACUUCUUCUAAGCAGACAUGCAGAGUAAUAAUGAACAACACACAAAAAUGGACUUCAGCUUGUAGUUCUUUUGUAGUCUUCUGACUACUC